AUACUUCGGAAUGUGUGAGACUGAGAGACAGUGAUUCAUUCUUGAUUGAGGCGGGGACAGAUCUGAUCUUUUUUCAUUGCUUUUACCAGUAAUUCAGGAGAAAUGGAACAACCAGAGCCAAAGGAUGUAUAUCUUUACAUCUAUGACCUAACGAAAGGCCUCGCUCGCCAGCUGUCUUUAGCACUAUUGAAUAAACACAUUGAUGGAAUAUGGCACACGGGUAUUGUAGUGUUUGGCAGAGAGUAUUUCUUUGGUGGUGGAGGAAUAGAAAGCUGUAAGCCGAGUGGAACCAUCUUAGGACAGCCAACACAAGUGCACAAGAUAGGAUCCACACAAGUCUCCUACUCACUUUUCUUAGAAUACCUAGGGGAGAUGGGAAUGUCUGCAUUUGGAGGAGAUACAUACAACCUCUUUAAUCACAACUGCAAUAACUUCAGCAACGAGGUGGCCCAGUUCCUUACUGGCAACCCUAUCCCAUCAUACAUCACAGAUUUACCACAGGAAGUACUUAACACACCCAUAGGUCAAGCAAUGAAGCCUCUCAUAGAUGCUCUAGCCUACAAUCCUACAGGUAACCGACCUGAUUCCGAGGGUCCAUCCAUCUUUGAUGCCCAAGCCAGUGGGACCGGUCAACAAUCUCCAGCAACCACAAAGCCUGUCUCAACAUCCACAAGCACCAAAGAAACAACAGAAAAGCCUUCAGAAGGCAGUAAACCCAAAGAAACCCCUGCAGCGCCCUCUAAUGGCAGCGAUGAAGAAGAUGACCUUUUCCUGCAGAAGUUAAGGGAAAGAAGGCAAUCGAGAUCAGUCACAAGGCUUUGUCUUUUCAGAGAUGGUGAUCCAGCAGCCUUUGCCAGCAGCAUCAAACAGCAUCUUCCACAGAGUAUCUUGACAGCAGAUGAGAUGCUGAUAUUAGACCAGAUGAAAGAUGCCUUCCAAGCACCUAGCGACAGUCUCCUUGAUGAUGACUGGGACAAGACUCUACCUCCCGUCAAACCAGACUACUUCCUGGUCAUAGGAAAGUUACUUGGUAGGACCGAUCUACCCCCUGUGGUCCUAGUUCCACUGCUACAGCUCCUUCAACUAGCCUUUCUCAGGGAAGAUGUGGUUGGUCUUCUCUGUACCAACGAGGACAGAACUAUCAUUGACUUUGUGAGCACGGCCGAGAGCCAGCCCCAGAAGGUCCAGGUUGAAGUCAUGCAUUUGCUAUGUAAUCUGUGUUCCAGUAGACAGGGAUAUGCCUGGCUCAUAUCAGAGAGAGAAUGGAAAGCCCCCUCUAGUGGUACGUCAACGUCUAACAUGAAGACCAUCAAGGCCAUCGUCAUAGCCCUGUUAUUGAGUGGAUCUGAUCAACUAUGUGAGGCAGCAGCGUCUCUUGUCUAUAACUUUGCAAGGCACAAGCUUGUAGAUGACAACGCUGUUGAGUUUGGAAGUGCUUUGCUACAGGUGCUAUCUACAGGGGAGUUUUCAGAACCAACAAUUUACUAUGGUAUAUCUGCCCUCUAUGGUCUGAUGGGAAAUGUAGAAGUGCUGUGUCUUGCCAACGUGAUGGGGUUCAACACGGACAAGUGGGUGGGGCUCUCUGAUAGGAUCAACCAGGUCAUCUAUGAUAUGGUGGACUUCCCCUUUAGCAAUAAAACAUGGAUUCUUAAUUGUAUCAAAUAUCUUUUUACCAUAACAAAACUUGCCUCUAUCUACUUACUAUUUUGGGGAUUCCCCAAAGUCCCCAUUAUUUGGGUAAAGAACUGGAAGAUAAGAAAGAAUGCAAUGUUAAGCAUGAUUUUCAUUGCAAGCUGCUAUUAAAAUGGCUUUAAACGGUUGUUAAGGCAUCGUAGAGCACACAAUUAGUUUUUUGCAGACCGUGAAAAUAGGUCUACAGUUUCUUCUUUUUUUCCAUCCAGUUUGGAAAGAUGCGAAGCAACACUUAUCCUGCAAUGUUUGUUUCCCCUCGAGUUGGAUACUCAAUAUGUGAGUGAACCAAGUUUAAAUAAUUUCCUACUUUGUAUUUAUGGAAUGCCAAAAGAGGAGUGCCAUACAUUUCUUCCAUGUAGAUUAUGUUUUAUAUGGUGAUUUUCAAUUCUAAUACAAAUACACUUGACAGCCCAAGUUGUUAAUAAAUAUUAAAAUCACUCAUUAAAUUUCCGUCCCGAGUUGUCAUGGUGUCAAAUGUAAAAUAUUGACAAUUUAUGAAAAGAACUGCCAAUUACUUUUAUACGUAGGUCAAUUAAUUCAUAUUUUUCUAAUAUUAAAGAAAUAUUUUGGUUGCAUAUUUCUAAAGAGUCAUAACUGUAUGGUUAUCCAUGCUCAUAGCCAUUACUUUGCAUUUUAAAUGUCAAGCAUCUUGUACAUUUUUUAUCAAAAGCUAACAAGCUCCAUUGAUUUUUUAAAAUCAUUUUGGUGGACUUAAAUCAUGGAAGGAAGAAUAUGAGAAUUACCCAUUUGGAAAAAAAAAACAAGAAUUGUGUUUUUAUCAUGAAAUUAAUUUUAUCAAAAGAAUGAUGAAAUAAUUUUAUGUGGCACUUUCCUGUAUAUCAAAGCUAGCAGUUUGCAACUUGUAUUGUUGAUUAUUAAUGGGGAAUAUAAUUUGGAUAUAUUUCCAAUUUCCUGAUGUAUGAUAAUGAAGAAUAUUGAAUUCAUGGUGCAUAUUUAGUUUGAAUUUUUUGUUUAAUAAUCUGUUAAAGACUGGUUGUUUAUUGUGUGUUUUCCACAAAAACCCCAUUCUGCAUAAUUAUGUGAAGGCUUGGUCAUCAGCGGGAUAAUAACCAAGAUAAUGUUUGCUUGUAAUGUGAUUUUUCAUUGUAUUUUUAUGGCAAUUUUGCAAUAUGAUCAAAGGAAAAACGAUCUGUCAAUACACAACAAAUUCAGUAACCAAUCAAGAUUCUACAUGCAGUGUAGAAUCUUGUUAGGUAGUAGACAUGUAGCUGGAAAUGAUGGUAGAAAAUUGAUACCUAAAAUUACAAUUACAGCGAUUGACUGGAUUUCAUAAAUGAUGAUGAUGCACAGCAUUUGUAUAGCGCCAUAUAUCAAAGACAUUCAAAGGCGCAUUGGAGGAGCCAGCCAAUCUGGGUCGCCUACAAGGGCGCGCACACAGAACUGUGACCCGCAGGUCUCUCCUCCCGAUAACUGGUUGGGGAAUGCAGGUUGACCACUACACCGGGGUUCCCCCUACUCUUAUUCGAAUAGUGCAGUGGGUUCUUAACGUGCAAAGGUGGUGAUUCUCCUCUACACGGGGCCUCCAUUUAACGUCCUAUCCGAGGGACGGAGUGUUUUCCACUGUAACAAUGUAACAUAAAUGUCAUGUGGGGGGGGGGGGGGGGGCUCACCCCGAAAAUUGCCGACCAGGGAGGUAGAAUCAGUCAACAUUUUCUUUCUUGAAAAGCUGUCAACCAAUAAAAGUUGUUAACUAUUCAAGAGAUAGGUGUCCAGUUAUUUCUCUUGCACAGUGAAUACACUGGCUGGUUUCCCAUAGGCAUAUAUCAUUGGGUGUUGAUAGAUGCAAAGUUAGCUAUUCCCUCUAUCAAUGUCCAAUCUGGACUAAUAAGCACCCCCCUUCCCUUCCCUUCCCCCCUGGACCCGCCACUAGACAUGUAUAUUAUCAAUUUCAAUACUGGGUGAAUAUUAUUAGACUACAAGGACAAAAUCUUGCAUUCUUGGUAAAAAGCAAGGAACUCCGUGAGCAGUUACGAACUCAAGCUGAUGAUAUUCAAUGUGGUUGUGACAUACUGCCUUUAAAGAUAGUCUUCACUUUUGCUGUCUCCUUGAUGGUGUUUCUCAAAGCUUUUAGUAAGUUACAAGCGACGUUAUGAAGGACUGAUGAUCCUUUCUUUUGGUAAAUUAUCUGCACCUAAAUUUCAUGGGUGUUGAUUACAAUGAAUGUGAAUUGUUAUAUUGUAUUUGAAAUCACUUGCCUACAUUCUAGCAAUACAUGUAUAUUAUUGUUUCUAAAAUAAUCUUAGCUUUUUAACAUUUUUUUCUUCUUAAAGUUCAUGCAUGAAAUACUUUAAAAAGUUGUGAUAAUCUUCAUAAAAUUAAUAAUUAAUUUAUAAAGUGAACUUUCAAGGUGCUUCAGAGCAUAAAAAAGAGAGCAUGUUAAAAAUUCUAUCAAUGAAUAAAUGUUGAUGAAAAAAAAAUCACUUUUAUAAAGGUAUGUAUUCAGUUUGCCCCUGAAAGUGGUUAAUGAUGUCUGGGUUAUUAAAUUUAUUAAAAUAAUCAAUUCAUAAUAGUUGGAUAAGUUUCUUUUCAUGGGUAACAUGCAAUGUUAGAGAAAACUAUAAUACAUGUAAAUCCAGGAUAAUUAUAUUUGAUUUGUCAUAUUUUGUUUUUAUGUAUUUGAAUAUUCUUGAAAUAAUACUAUCAUAUGCACUACAUACAUCUAAAUCUCAGUUGCUUUUGAUUAUUACUCACCCAAAAUAAACAAAGCCAUUUGAAGUUGAGUCCAUCUAAAUGACGCAGUUGAUGAUCUUUUUAGGAAUACAUGGAAGAAUAUAUGCAUGUUAUAUAAAAAUAUAUUAUGAGAAUGGCAAUUUUGUAUUUCAACACCAAUUGAAAUUUGAUAUUUAUGUUUUAAAUUAUUAAACAUGUUAAAAAUUCUUAAAAGUCAAUGCUAUUUUAUAAAACAUUAUUUAUAAUGAAAGAAUGUGAAUAAACUUGUAUUUAUUAUUGUUUGUUUUGUUU